CGUGACGUAUGCGGAACUACAGACCCAGUGUUUACUAGUUUGUGGAGAAGGAGGAUCGCUCCAAAGCUGUUGCGUAUGGAAUGACACAAAUGUAUAUGUCUUUGAGUCAGUUUUUUGUUUAAAAUGGUUCGUUCGUGUGUGUACCCUGGAUGUGAAAAUCGUUUUAAACCUAAAAGAUUGCGUCCGAUAGGAGAUAAAGUGACCGCUCACAAAUUUCCUUUAACAAAUCCUGAGCGAUUGAAGCUGUGGUUGAUCGCUCUUCACCUGGAUAUCAACACACCCUUACUUUCCCUGGAACAAAAAAGAGUGUGCAGUGAUCAUUUUUUAGACGAUGAUUAUCGCCCCUCCGAGCAAGGAAAGCCUCGUUUACUGAAAUCGUCGUCUGUGCCCAUAACGUUUUUAAAGCAAGAAAAGUAUUCGUAUCAUGAAAACCCAGAGUCCCUAGCAACGCAAAAUGAAGCAGCUGGAGGUCCAGGCAGCUGGAGUUUUUUUGGAUAAUGUUCCACAGUCAACACCAAGACAAUUAACAGAUGUCCAUUCUAGACUUUGUUUAGUGCUCAGAAGUCCAGAAACCGAGCAAAAAAGGACCAAACCAUCCACAUCUGGGGCAUAUUAUGCCUUCUCUCCAAUACACUCACCCACCAGUCUCCUGCCAGGUAAACUCAGAACGCACUGAAGAGCGAUCAGAGGAACAUGUGGAGCUUGACAUUAGCAUGUUGUCCACAGGUCCUCCAUCUGACAAAAAAGACAUUAGUUUCCAGCCACUCAGUUCAAUAUCAACUUCAGCCCCAAGCGCAGAACAUGAGGAACGUGAAAUGCUUUGGAAAACAAACAAAUGGAUUGUAAACGAGCCCAAUAUCAUGGAGCUUUUCAAGAGAUGUCAAGAAUGUGGCUUACUAAUAACAGAAACCAGAAAAACAACAGUGGGAAGUCUUCUCCGUGUUCACUGGAAAUGUGGACAACAGCACAAGGGACAGUGGAGUUCAUGCACUGAUGUUAGAGGAAUGACUGCAAAUAACCUCCCUGUUUCUGCAUGCACACUUUCCACUGGAGCAACAUUUACACACAUCAACGAUCGGGCCACUAUGCUCAACCUUAAAACGCCAAAGAAAUCAUCCUACCAUGACAUUCAGUCUUCUUACCUUAUCCCUGUCAUUAAUGAAGAAUAUCAAGAACAACAGAAAUCAUUAAUUAAUGACUUGCAUCUCUCUAUCUAUCGUUCGUCUAUCCAUUUAUCUAUCUAUCUAUCUAUCUAUCUAUCUAUCUAUCUAUCUAUCUAUCUAUCUAUCUAUCUAUCUAUCGUUCGUCUAUCCAUUUAUCUAUCUAUCUAUCUGUAUAUAAUCUACCUAUCUGUCUAUCUAUCUAUCUGUCUGUCUGUCUGUCUGUCUAUCUAUCUAUCUAUCUAUCUAUAUCUCUUCCUAUCUAUCUUCUGCCUAUCUAUCUAUCUGUAUAUCAUCUAUCUAUCUAUCUAUCUAUCUAUCUAUCUAUCAUCUACCUAUCUAUAUAUUUAUUUAUCUAUCUAUCUAUCUAUCUAUGUCGUCUAUCUAUCUAUAUAUCUACCUAUCUAUAUUCUGCCUAUCUGUCUAUAUAUCUAUCUGUAUAUCAUCUAUCUAUCUAUCUAUCUAUAUACCAUCUACCUUUCUAUAUAUGUAUUUAUUUAUCUAUCUAUCUAUCUACCUAUCUAUCUUCUGCCUAUCUGUCUAUCUAUCUAUCUGUAUAUCGUUCGUCUAUCCAUUUAUCUAUCUAUCUAUCUAUCUAUCUAUCUAUCUGUAUAUAAUCUACCUAUCUGUCUAUCUAUCUAUCUAUCUAUCUGUCUGUCUGUCUGUCUGUCUGUCUAUCUAUCUAUCUAUAUCUCUUCCUAUCUAUCUUCUGCCUAUCUAUCUAUCUGUAUAUCAUCUAUCUAUCUAUCUAUCUACCUAUCUAUAUAUUUAUUUAUCUAUCUAUCUAUCUAUGUCGUCUACCUAUCUAUCUAUCUAUAUAAUCUACCUAUCUAUCUUCUGCCUAUCUGUCUAUAUAUCUAUCUGUAUAUCAUCUAUCUAUCUAUCUGUAUAUCAUCUACCUAUCUAUAUUUAUUUAUUUAUCUAUCUAUCUAGCUAUCUAGCUAUCUAUCUUCUGCCUAUCUGUCUAUCUAUCUAUCUGUAUAUCGUUCGUCUAUCCAUUUAUCUAUCUAUCUAUCUAUCUAUCUGUAUAUAAUCUACCUAUCUGUCUAUCUAUCUAUCUAUCUGUCUGUCUGUCUAUCUAUCUAUCUAUAUCUCUUCCUAUCUAUCUUCUGCCUAUCUAUCUAUCUGUAUAUCAUCUAUCUAUCUAUCUACCUAUCUAUAUAUUUAUUUAUCUAUCUAUCUAUCUAUGUCGUCUACCUAUCUAUCUAUCUAUAUAAUCUACCUAUCUAUCUUCUGCCUAUCUGUCUAUAUAUCUAUCUGUAUAUCAUCUAUCUAUCUAUCUAUCUAUAUACCAUCUACCUUUCUAUAUAUUUAUUUAUUUAUCUAUCUAUCUAGCUAUCUAUCUUCUGCCUAUCUGUCUAUCUAUCUAUCUGUAUAUCAUCUACCUAUCUGUCUAUCUAUCUAUCUAUGGGACAAUUUAAAAAAUAUACUACUGAAAUGUUUUGUACUUGUGGAUCUUUCAGCCCAGGAUUUUCAGCCAAAUAUAACACGUACAGUUUAAUGGAUGACACAACAGACAAGAUUGUGCACUUUGAGUUGGUCCAGGUUACUGAAGCUGCUAGUUCUGUGGCCGUGGAACCAAUAGGUUUCAAAAGAAGUGUAAACAAACUACUAGAGGAAGGAAUCGAAAUUGAUGCGCUGACGAUAGACAGAUCGCCAUCUAUUAGAAAAAAUAUGCGUGUGGAAUAUCCCAACAUCCACCACAAAUUUAAUAUAUGGCAUGUUGUCAAAGGAUUUUCCAAAAAGCUGUUCUCCGUGUCAAGAUAUAAGGACAAUCAAGACCUGCAGCCAUGGAUACGAAGUAUUUGUAAUCACUUACGCUAUUCCUGUGCAACUUGUGGAGGUGACCCUAACGAGUCCCUUCUUUAUCACAUAACAGGUGUGCACAGUUGGAUUGAAGAAGGAAAGCUGAAAAAAUGUGAACACAAUGAUCUCAGUCCUGAAGAGCAAAGGGAAAAAAAAUGGCUUGAAAAAGACUCACGUGCCUUCCUCACUACUGACUCUUGUCUUGGACAAAGGACUUUUAAAUGAUUUGUGGCAAAUGGCUCUUUUCAAACACACCUGUAAGUUAAAGAACAUAACUAGCUAUCCUUGAUCACAACGAAAAUAUUGGUCUGCAUCAUGCCACAACUGCUACUGGUGGGAAACAACUUACUGUACUUUUUAAAAAAUACGCAAAAAGCAGGAUUGGGAAAAUAUAUUUGUUCAUAAAGGUAAUAAGGAAAAGGCAAUGUUCUGUACUUAAUGUGCAAUCAAUACAUACUGUAUAAGAUGAUGUAUUAUGUUUGUUUUUUGUUUUUUUCUGUUUUUAUAAUAGGAGUACAUGGGUACAAUGUUGUUUUCCCAAAACGUACCAAAGAAUGGGUAGCCAAAGCGAUUUACAAACCCACCACUCAACAGUUCAGACAGACUCUGAAUUGAAACAUUGCCCUAAUUAAACCAAGGCCUGACAAGCACGAGGUCAUUUCCAAGCGCUUAUCAAGAUUUGGAAAAUAAUUUACUUUAAAAUUACUAAUAGCGAAAUGUAAAAUGUGAUAUAUUAAUUGUAUUUCUCUUUUUGUUACAGUUUUACUACAGAAUACACCAUUGCUUUAAAGAUUUACUUGUGUUACUGUGAAUAUGUGAAGUUACCUCAGAUUUUUUUAUUCCUUUAUAUAAACAUACAUUUGAGACAACAACAAAAGACGUUGACUGUGUUGAUGUAAAUACAAAAAUAAAUGAUACAGAAUGUUAAAGUAACAAAACUCCUGUAAUUUAUAUUGUUACGAUACACCAAAAGCAUCUUCUGCUUCUCUAAAGCCCUCAUAAUAUCCUGAAGGAGAUGGGUAUGAAUCUCUAAUGGUGCUGACGACACAAGAUGGAAGAACUCUCCUGUUUCUUCUUCCUAGUCUCUCUCCUUUUAGCAUCCAUUCAAGUACCAGCCUGCAUUGACUGUAAAUUAAAUGAUGCGUGCAGUGAAUAAUCAGUUAAAAAAUAUAGUCGUAGUAGGUUAGUGCUGUCAAAGGAUUACUCGCA